UUCUCCCUCUCAAGCUCACACUCGUCUCCUCUGCGGCGCCUCUAGCGAAGCCAUCGUCCGCCGUCUUUCGUUGCACACCACCGAACCCCCGCUUCCGGUCGCGACCAGAAUCCAUUUUCUUGCGGCUUCAUGACGAUCCUGCGGCUCGCUCUCACAGCCCACUCUGCCCUUCCUUCCUGUGAUCACAAGCCCUUAUCAUCCUACGACACUUCCGCUCCGUUAAUGACCCUUGCAUCUGGUGGUGGGAGGAAAACUGCCCUAGGGUUCUCUUUCCAAACUAAGAAGUGUGCGCCGAUGUCAUUGUCUUCGUCUUCCCCGUCGACUCGCUCGGCUCGUUUCAUGGUGUCGAGCCACGAGCAUGAUGAUGAAUCUUCCUCGGAGGGGACAAAUAUCUUCAGAAGGUUAAUUUUUCUCAGCAUGGGAUUCCACUUCCUGAUUUUAUGGAGGUUGAUUGAACUGGUUGCUUGUUUGCUGAAACAACUUGAAGUUUAACUAGUCCUUUGUUAAUUAAUAAUUCAGUGCAGAUAGAUAAUCUUUCACAUGUUGAGAAAGCUGGAGAAUUGUUUGGUUAUCCUUUAAUGAUCAAAAGCAAGAGAUUGGCUUAUGAUGGGCGUGGCAAUGCUGUUGCUCACACCAAAGAGGAACUUCCUUCAGUUGUGACUGCGUUGGGAGGAUUCGAUCAUGGUUUAUAUGUUGAGAGGUGGAUGCCAUUUGUGAAGGUUGAGGUUUACUAUUUUUAAGUGACAUUGAGGUUUAUUAUGAUUUAUUGACUGCAGACAUAUGUAACUAGUUUAUUACGAAACUGACUUUUUUUUUAGGUUACCCUUAUGCCAUGAAGGUCUGAAUCUUUCAGUUGAAUCUUUGUAAUGCUGCAUUUUUUUUAAUAAAUACUGUAAUUUCAUUUGAAUUUGCUAGUAUUAUCAUUUGUUUACAUGGACAAUCAGCCUUGUUUGAUUUGAACAUUUGAUCAUAUAUGUGCUUGCCCAUGAAUCUGAAUAUUUGUGCAUGAAAAUAUAAGUAUAUAUAUUUUAAUAUAAACACUUUUGUCAUAUAGAUGCAAACAACUUUAUCAUUUCUUCUGUGAACUUCAUGAUGCAAACAAGUUUAUAUUCUGGAGUAAUAAUAACAAAAUCUGUUGGCCUUGCUAAUAGCUUGACUUGUAACAAUAUUUUCUUUUUUGUUUGGUCUAGGAGCUCUGUGUCAUUGUAGCCAGGGCUAGAGACAAAUCAGUUUCAUAUUUUCCUGUGGUUGAGACCAUUCACAAGUAAGAAGAAUGAGUUCUGUUGCUAGUUCACUUGAGCUGAAUAGAAGGCCUCAGUCCUUAUUUUCUAAGCUUUCUCUAUCUGCUGCAAAAUUUUCUAAUCUUUAUGGACACCACUUUUUCUAAGGAUAACAUCUGUCACAUAGUUGAAGCUCCCGCCGGUGUACCAGACAAAAUAAAAAGACUUUGUGUUGACAUUGCUCAAAAAGCUGUCAUCAUUGGAGGGAGCAGGUGUAUUUGCAGUGGAAUUAUUUUUAACAAAAGAUGGACAGGUUUUGCUUAAUGAAGUAGCUCCUAGACCGCAUAAUAGUGGACAUCAUACGAUUGAGUCAUGCUAUACUUCACAAUACGAACAGCAUCUACGAGCUAUUCUUGGUCUUCCUCUUGGUGAUCCAUCAAUGAAAACCCCAGCUGCAAUCAUGUACAACAUACUAGGUGAAGAUGAGGGAGAGCCAGGGUUCUAUUUAGCUCAUCAACUGAUUGGAAAGGCGCUUAAAGGCGUUAAAUACAUAAGUUACUCCACGUGUUGCUAUAAUCAUGGGUUCUGAUUCAGAUCUUCCUACAAUGAAAGAUGCUGCCGAGAUCUUAAAAAAUUUUGGUGUGCCAUAUGAGGUAACAAUUGUUUCAGCUCACCGCACACCUGAGAGGUUGUACUCUUUUGCAUCAUCUGCGAAAGAAAGAGGUAUUCAGAUCAUAAUAGCUGGUGCUGGUGGUGCAUCACAUCUACCAGGGAUGGUGGCUCCACUGAGUCCACUACCUGUCAUUGGAGUCCCGAUAAGAGCCUCAUCACUCGAUGGAAUUGAUUCCCCGUUAUCCAUCGUGCAGUCGCAAUUGGGAAUGCCGCAAAUGCAGCUUUAUUAGCAGUCAGGAUCCUUGCCGCUAGCGAUGCUGAUUUGUGGAACAGAGUGAUCAAAUACCAAAAUGAGCUGAAGGAUACAGUUUGGGAAAAAGCAACAAAGCUUGAAGCAGAAGGCUGGGAGAGAUAUCUAAAUCUAUAACACUCCUCCAGGUGCUCAUUCUGGUAUAUGAGCCUCUCUUGGGCCAAGAUCAACUGCUUCUUAUCUUGAAGUAGUUGUUGAUCUUCAACCUGUAUUCUCUGUGAUGCUGGGAGUUCCUCCCUCGUGAAAUAACUUGAAGAGAAGCAAUUUGGCAAGCUUUCCAUGUUGUCCAGAUAUAGAGAAAAUGUUUCCACUUGAAAAGAAUGAGAAGGCGAUCCAUUACAUAUGUUUCUUGAUACUUGGUCAGAUUGAAGAUCCCUAGGUGGUCCCCCUCUGGAAUCUUGUGUUGACUUUUCUUCACUGAUCUGUACAUUUUACAAUCUCUUUUGAUGGGAAAAGACAAGGAACUUGUGAUACCAAGAUUUCUGUUUGUGUUGGAGAAUUAAGACUGUAGCAGCUUAUAAUUAAGAAAGAACAUCAUGUACAUCUGCAAAUCUACAAGCAACUUCAACUUACACUGUAAAUAUCAUUGUGUUCAGCAAACUUGGCAAUGAUUUGUUAUUUUGUCAG